UAUUAGAACACAAUUUUAAGAACAAAUAUCGUUCAGUCCAAGAUUUUAACUGCUCCCAACAUAUAUUUCGUUUAAAAUAAAAAUUUCUUUCAAAAUGAUUGGAAUACUUGUAAAUAAAACAUCCCUUGGCGUUGUGGCUGGUUUGGCCAGUGCCGCAUUCCUUGGGUAUUGCGUCUAUUUCGAUAGUAAGCGCCGGAACCAUCCCGAAUUCAAGAAGAAUCUCUACGAACGCCGUCGCCGCAACCGAAAAUCCGAUGAGAACGAGGGCGUGCCAGUUUUAACUGAUCAGCGAUCGAUCGAACGGUAUUUCAUGCAAGAAAUCCAUAAGGGCGAACUGCUGAUCACUGAGGGUAACUUUGAGCGCGGCGUCGACCACUUGGUGAAUGCGAUUGUUGUCUGCAACAAGCCUGGCAAGUUGCUCAGUGUCCUGCAGUCGACGCUGCCAGUCGAGGUGUUUUCUUUACUCGUAUACAAGUUAAAUAACUACAAUAUAAACGCCCAACGACCGCCAAGUAUGGCCGACAAUUUAAUCACUGGACUCGUUGCUGACGACGGGAGCGUCGAAUAAGCCAUCGAAAUCGUCAACUCAAAAUGCCAAAUUCCUAUUUGUUGUUUCAAGAUUCAAGUUAAUCCGUUCAAAAAAUAAUAUAUGUGCAUGUGUAAACGAACUUAAAAUUGAUUGAUGAACUUUUAAUUAC